CGGGAGAUGAGAGCGGAGUGUGAGAGGAGAGAGGAAACACGGAGCAGAAGCUGUCCUGUCAGGACUGUGAUUAGCUUGUUUUGAGCCAAAUCUUGCUGGAAAUAAUUGCUCUUGGCUGCGGAGUCAUAAACUCAUCAACUAGAGGCACAGAAGAGCUGAGAGGCUCACUGAAUGUCAUUUGUGAGAACAUCGUGGGUGUUCUGGAAUCCAACCCCUUCAACCCUUUAAGCCGAAUGCUGUCAUCUGACAGAGGAUGUAGACCAGAAGCUGACUAACCAUGAGGAAGGGAACAUCCUGUAAUCUCCAGAUUUGGAUCUACUGAUCCUGCAAAGCGAAAAAGCGUCUUUGAUUCACUGUGGAGAGCCUUGUCCCUCGAGUCGAAAGGAUGGCUAAGACUUUCUACAGGCUGCAGCGCUUUUUAAGACGGGCUCGCUUGCUCCUCCUCUUCCUGGGUGUGGCUUACAUCAUGGCAGGAAGUGUCUUGUUGCUCCAGCGCUCCAGCGUGGCCUUGUUUCAGAGAGGAACUGACACCGUACUGGUGCCCCCUAGAGCCCUGGAGGUGCCAAAUGACGGCUGGCGCUACAGGAGACCGGGAUCUAGAGUGAUUGAAGAUGUAGAGAACAGUCCAUUGGAUCUGUCAGGCAGCAGAGCCGAUCAAGAACGUUUCAUGUCCCGUAACCUGAAGAUCCGACACCUCAGACGCCACUGGAUCCAGGGCCGAAGAACGGAGGAUGAGAAUGGAGUAGAACACAGUCAAGCACACAAGGCUACCAGGCAUAAAGGAACCUACAUCGGAUGCUUCAUAAAUGACGACAAGCAGCGUGCGCUCGGGGGCACUGUCCUCUACGACUUCCGCAAAAUGACCAGCUCCCUUUGUCAGGACACCUGCUCGGAGAGUGGGUACCAGUUUGCAGGGCUGGAAUAUGGGACAGAGUGCCACUGCGGCAAUCGGAUUAGUGCCCCAAGAGCUCGGAGGGAGGACUGUAACCUGGACUGCAGGGGAGAAAGGGGCUCUCCGUGUGGAGGUGUGGGCCGACUGUCCAUCUACAAGGUGGAGGAGAGACUCCCUGGCCACAGGACAUACAGGAAUGUGCACUACCACGGCUGCUUCCAAGCUUUAAAGAACACCAGCGAAGGCCUCCUGGUCCACACCAGCCAGACUAACCUGACCUUGCAGCUGUGUGUGGAGACCUGCACAGAUAAGGAGCUGCCAUUAGCUGUAAUGAGAAGGCGGGACUGUCUCUGUGGCCACGCCUCUUCUCUUCUCAAAAUGCAGAAGAAUGUAGAGGGACACCAGUGUGGGCGCAGCAAUCCUACAAACCACACCUACAGCCAUGAGCAAGACUACUUACAGGUGUACAGCACACCUGUGCUAGAUUCUAGGUGUAAGGAGAGGACAUUUCUGCCUGAGCGGUCACCCUCCCUCAUAGCCUUGUCCAGUUUUCCUGGAGCAGGAAACACCUGGGUCCGCCAUCUCAUCGAGCUCGCCACCGGAUUCUACACCGGCAGCUACUACUUUGACGGCUCUUUAUACAACAAAGGCUUUAAGGGUGAGAAGGAUUACUGGAGGAGCGGGAGAACCAUCUGUGUGAAGACUCAUGAGAGCGGUCAGAGGGAGAUAGAGAUGUUCGACUCGGCCAUCCUGCUGAUCCGUAACCCGUACCGCUGCCUGGUGGCCGAGUUCAACCGCAAGUGCGCCGGACACCUGGGCUACGCGCCGGACACACACUGGAAGAGUAACGAGUGGCCUGAGUUUGUGGACAGCUACGCCUCUUGGUGGGCGUCGCACGCCCUGUCCUGGCUGAAGUUCUCCAGCCGGCUGCUGGUGGUGCAUUACGAGGCGCUCCAGACGGACCUCCUGCCCCAGCUGAAGCUCAUCACAACCUUCCUGAACGCCAGCGUCCCCGACCAGAGGCUGCUGUGUGCCGAGAGCAACCGCGACGGCCACUUCAAACGGCCCGGAUCCCGCGGCCUGACCUUUGACCCCUUCACAUUGGACAUGAGGACUCGAAUAGACGGCUACAUUCUCUCGGUGGACCGGGCACUCAGGGACAGGAAUCUGAGCGGCCUGCCCCAGGAGUACAUGCCCAGAUAAUGAGGCGAGAAAGGACGAAAGGAUAAAAAGAAAAACGAAAAAGAAAAAAGUGCCUGUAAACCGAAGCUUGACUGACAGCUCUUCUUGUGGCCUUCAGGAGGUUUAUUUAUUUGGCAGUUCAUUAUCAGGCUGGCACUUCUUUGCUUCUCUUUCUGUUCGUUUCCUCAGAGAUCCGCCUGUCAGCCGAACAAAAGGCGACUCAAUUUGUGGUUUGUACAGAUUAAAAUCCCGCUGCCGAACCGCC